AUGGGCUCGAUUGCUGCCUUUUCAGAAAAGACGCUGGUGCGGCCAAGCAUCCCGCUCGUGCCUGGCCGGACGUCAGUCACACCGCUUGACCAAUACAUGGUCAGGGUCAUUCUCCCAAUGAUGGUCUUCUUCAAGGUCGAUGAGCCUUCGCUCCGGCCCAUAAUUCUUGACAACCUGAAGAAGGGGCUCUCACGGGCCAUCGACGAGCUCAACAUUCUGGCGGCAGACAUUAUCCCGCUGGAUCCCAAGGACGACACCAUCCAGCUGGAAUAUCACAAGGACUCGGGCGUCUGGUUCCACGUCAAGGAGCUGCCAGACGUCGACUAUGAGGACCUGGCGCGCCGCAACUUUCCCUUCUCCGCGCUUCCUGCGUCUCAAUUUGCCCCCAGCCCUCUGGGCCACUCUGCACGAAGCCCCGUCAUGACGCUGCAGGCGACAUUGAUCAAUGGCGGCGUUGUCCUUACGUUUGGCGGCCAUCAUGUGGUCAUGGACGCCCAGGGCAUGGGCACCUUCGUGGCUGUCUGGGCCAAGCAUGUGGCCGCUGUGUCGGAGGGCCUGGUCGUCCCCGACGAGCAGCGAAUGGGCAACGAAUCGCUGGACGCCUUUCAGCUCUUUGGUCCACGCAUGGAGCGCCCGCUGUCAGAGUUCCCCACAUACCAGGUUGGCCCAGAUCGAUCAUACGAGGACAUGCAGGCCAAGGUCCUGCAGAAGGCUGUCGCUGGCGACCAUGAGGGAAUAGCCAAACUCAUCCGCGUGUCCCAUUGGGCCAUGUCCCAGGCGAAGCUCGACGCUCUCCGGGACGCAACCGUUCCCCGGACCAAGGAGGAGGCUUCCGUCACAGCCAAUGCGACGCUGUCUGCACUUAUCUGGAAGCAAGUGAGCAGGGCCCGGCGACUGACGGAGAAGCAGGUCUCCCAGAGCUCGCUUAUCACUUCGGUCAAUGUGAGGAGGCGCGUGGAGCCGCCGCUGGCCCCCGAAUACCCUGGAAAUGCCAUUGCGCUGGCCAAGGCCAAUGCGACAGCCGAAGAACUGGAGGCUCCGGGCGUGGAAUCUCUCUAUGCCCUUGCCAAGAAGGUGACGGCUUCCAUCGACUGGUGGACUGCGGAUGAGCUCUGGUCUUUGACCGGCGCGCUGCAAACAUGCGGCGACGUGGCCAACAAGCUGCUGCCACCGCUCAACUACGACGUGCUGGUCACGGCACCAGCCCGGCUGGGAGACAUGCUCAAGGCAGCUCGCUGGGGCUCCGAGCUUGGAGACAUCAAGGCCCUCCGAUGGGCCUUCCCGGCCUUCAUGGACGGGUUUGUGAUCGUCCUGCCAUCCAUCCACGAUGGCAUUGAGAUCAUGCUCUGGACCGCGCCGGAUACGACUGAGCGGCUGAGGGAGGACCCGGAGUGGACGCAAUGGGUAACUCAACUAGAAUAG